UACACACACCUUGUUUUGAUACCGGCAAUCAUUGAAGUUAUUGGGAAAUCUUAGAAUUUACCCCAUUGUACCUGAUUGUUACAACAUCCAUUUCUGGACUUCGAAAAACAGUAGCGGUAAUGUGUAGAUUAAAAACACAAUGAAUUUUGCAAGAAUUUUAAUAAGACAACGAUACACUGCUAUAACGCUAGUGCGGGCAACACAACAGUUCUCAACAAAAAUCCCUUCAAGCAUUUCCGACCAUGUUCCAUUUAAAAGUAAGGUGUCAUUGCCGAACACAACAAAUUUUAAAAUCAAAAUGCAGAAUUUGGAGGCCAGAACAUUAACCGUACCGCAUAAUCGUGGUGCCCAUAAGUCUACUGCUACGGCACCGAAUACAACAAGCAAAAGUGUUCCUCUGAGUCAAGUUAACAACAAACGUAAAAAACGUGCUGGUAGAGCGGAUUUAGCUGCUUUGGGAUUCUUUAACAUUACCGCCUUCUCCACGGCCGAGGAAUAUGAUUUAGAAAAUCUAUUAGAUGCCUUAAGACAGCAAGAGCUAUAUGAUGCCAAGAAAUUCUUUUCAACCGACAAUCUGGGUCUGGAACAGGAUGUUCUAUAUGUUACUGCCAAAUAUCAGGUUGGAGAGGAAGACCGAGAUAUAUUCUUCUUUCGCGAAGGUUCAGUAGUUAUGUGGAAUUUUAAUGACAUUGAAAUCAACAAUGUCUUGUCGUUUUUAAGAAUGUUUGAAAAGGAGCCUUACCUUAAACCUCUGGUGCGCAGUGAAAGCGAAGUUAUGCCUUACACUUACAUACCUGCCUCUGCCAUUGAUGUGGAGGGUGAUAUUGUGUCGUCGGCAGAUGUUGAACCUGCAAGAGCUUUUUUCCAAAGUGGCAAGUUCUUCUUAACUUCAGGCGAGGAUAAUUUCUUUUCAAAGUACACCUUCUCCAAUGCCCUGUCUACAUCCAUAAAGUUGGGCAUAUGGGAAGCCACAUUGGAUCGUUAUAUAGACUCCAUGGAGUUUCUUACGAAUGACAUGAAAAAGGGCCGCCGAAUACGCAUAUCCAGGGCAGAAGUUUUGCGUAAAACCGGCGAAUUGUUGGCUCUAAGGCAUGUCAUAAAUCUGUCAUCGGACUUACUGGAUACCCCUGACUUCUACUGGGAUCGCGAAGAGCUGGAAGCAUUGUAUUUGCAAGUAUGCAAUUAUUUCUCAAUAUCUCGACGCACAAAAGUUAUGAAUGAGAAAAUUAAUCACUGUGUAGAACUGGCCGAGCUAAUAUCACACAACUUGAAUGAAGCUCACAAUACUAGACUAGAAUGGAUGAUAAUCAUAUUGAUUAUGAUUGAAGUUGGUUUCGAAAUUAUACACUAUUUGGACAGGUAUUAUGUUAAAGAAGACGAUAGUGGCGAUAACCAUGUAGUAUCGGCGGCACAUUAGAUGCCAAGUUCAAUUUUGUAUUAUAUAUUAAAAACUGUUGAAAGUUUUAUUUUA